AUGGAAUCGAUCACGAAGAGAUUCUACACCAAUCUCUUUUUCGUCAACACCCCCGUCAAACCCGUUAUUCCUAGUGGAGUACUGCCACCACGGAUUCUACCUGCUGAAGUACGCGCCGCAAUUAAGACCAAGAAGGCAGCCACGGUUCUAGGACCGGACCAUGUUUCGGCUGACCUCUUACGCGCUGGAGGAUCUCGCCUACGCGAGAUACUUGCGGCACAACUAACGUCUUACCUUCAAAAAAAAGAUCCCCGACUAGUGGAGAACCACAAGUACAAUCCUCCUUCAUAA